AUGUUGAGACUCGCGAUCAUCGCGGCGGUGCUCGCUCUGACCCAGGCUCAAUGGAAACCGGCUUAUAUGAAUUGUACGAUGGUACAACAAAAGCAAAACUGUCUCGAUUUCUCGAUGGACAUUCGCAAUGAUCCCGCCAUUUUCUAUAAAGGUUCAACAAAGGUCGAAACUGAGAUCUCUUUCUUUAUGAAUAUUAACGGGGAAUCGUGGCUGAAAGACAGCAUUAAAGUGCCACCAUGUGAGACCGGUGAGACGAAUUGUGUGAAAUUCUUUAUGCUUUCUCUCAAAAAGGACAUCAAAGAGCAAAUGCUAAAAGCGGAGACGAAAAAACUUCGAUUGAGCAUUAAUUUCAAGGACACUACAGCCAAUGUCCUCUAUGUGAGAACAAGACUUUGUGGGGAAUUUAUCUGGGGAGCUUCUCUCGGCUUGUGGGAGGCACUUGAUCGAGCCUAUAUCAAUUCAUCGGUCAAAAUGUGGAAUGGAGACGCCGAAGAUGAAGUGAAAAAGCUCUCCGAUGAACUGAAGAGAAAGUAUUUCCAUUCACUAGCUCAUCUCGAGAAUUCAACAUCAACUGUUACCAGUUCGAAGAGUCGUUCUCGUCGUUCACACCAUCCGCGUCGUCUCUUCGACUCUAAUGAACUGGAGAGCGGUUAU